CUCGGAGCUCCCUCAUUAUUGCUUGUAUCUAUGAUAGACCCCUUUGUGAUACCCCAGGUCACGACACGACAAAAAUGCCUCCGCAAAACAACCGCAAGAGGAUUCUCGAGGAUCUCCGUUCCUCAAUCGACAAUGGCCGUGUCAUUGUUGGUGCAGGUGCCGGAAUCGGUCUCUCGGCCAAGUUCAUCGAACAAGGCGGCGGAGAUCUGAUCAUCAUAUACAACAGUGGUCGCUUUCGGAUGGCGGGAAGAGGGUCGCUGGCAGGCCUCAUGCCGUAUGGAAAUGCCAAUGAAGUUGUUCUUGAAAUGGCAAACGAGGUACUUCCGAUCGUCAAAAAGACGCCUGUUCUUGCUGGUGUCUGUGCAACCGAUCCCUUCCGCAAUAUGGACUACUUCCUCAAACAGCUUAAAGAUCUCGGAUUUGCGGGAAUCCAGAAUUUUCCCACCGUUGGGCUGAUCGAUGGCCAAUUCAGGCAGAAUCUCGAAGAGACGGGAAUGGGGUAUGAUGCUGAAGUCGAACUUGUGCGAAAGGCUAAAGAGAUGGAUCUGCUGACUACGCCUUAUGUUUUCAAUGUUGAAGAAUCUAGAAAGAUGGCUUAUGCUGGCGCGGAUAUUAUCGUUGCGCAUAUGGGAUUGACGACAUCGGGGUCCAUUGGCGCUACGAGUGGUAAGACACUAGAUGAGAGUGUGGAAUUGGUGCAGGCGAUCAGAGAUGAAGCGGUCAAGAUCAAGUCGGACAUAAUUAUUCUGUGUCAUGGUGGUCCAAUUGCUGCACCGGAUGAUGCCGAGUACGUACUUUCGAGAACGAAGGGUGUGCAUGGUUUCUAUGGUGCAAGUUCCAUGGAGAGACUGCCAGUUGAAGAGGCCAUAACAAACAUUACGAAGACGUUCAAAAGCUUGAAGCCAAGUUCUUGACGAGGGAGAUCUCAAAUGUGGACAUGGCCACAGAUUCAAAGUGCGUAAAGAAUGUGUUCAGAGAAUCAAUAGCUUGUAAUUUAAUGCUCUCGAAGCAGCUACUGAAUCUUAUCAUACCGUGGCUCCAGUUAACUGUAUGGAAUAGCUCAAUCCUCUAUUCAGGUCCGCCGGAAUCUUGAACGGAUCAUACAAUACCAAUGGUGGCG